CUGAGAUGAUGUGUACUACUCCAUCAGAGAUAGUGCUUUCUUUUACUCCGAAAGGCUCGCCUCGUCCCAUUGGUGUUGUUCCUCGUUUUGCUACGUCAAGUUGCAGUUUCAUAUCUCCUUUCUAAGGCCCCGAAUUGCUGAUUACGCUGAUAUGAUCAUCGCCGCUGAUGUAAGUCAGCACAGCCUCAAAUCAACCCUCUUUCAGAAAGCGCAUUAUUCUGCAUCUACCGUCACGCUUCGACCAAGCACAUCUCUGGUGUGAUACCAAGGCUCGGCAUACCACGGCCCUGUUGUCCCCAGGUCUGCACUAGCUUUCCGCCAACAUCCUGCACAGUCAGAGUCCUCUUGAACAUUUCAACGCCCAGACAGACCAUGAUCUUGUCCUUCUUCGUACAUUUCAUACCCUGAACGAUAUCAUAUCGCCAUGCCGGAAGUUGUAAGAGGCAGUCGUGCCAGUCUACAGCUGGACCGGAAUGUCUCCCCCGCCUCUCCUUCGCAGGAACGACGAGCCGUCCAUUUCGGGCUCGAAAGCCCAUCGGCCGAAGACACCCCUACACCCGGCAUAAAUGCUGUCGACACAGGUCUAAGCACGGAUUCCGGGCGUAGGAGAAGCUCGCAACACAAGAGAAGGCGGACCCAGGACAUGACCUCUCCGGAAAGGGCCGCAUAUUAUGACAGUCGUGCUGCAACCAAAAGAGAAUUUCGAAGACGAGCGAGUACUUUACAGGAAUACUACCAGGAGCAUCCUGAAUUGCUUCCACAACUACCUUUUACCUGGCGUCAUGGUAUCAAAAGAUGGAAAUUAUUCUUUACGAUAUUUAUAAUGGUUGUUGAUGCAUGUGUCAUUCCACUUGUGCUAUACUACACGAUGAAGUUUGUGGGCCAUGUGCAGGGAUAUAUAAUUUUUGCCGUGGUUGCUACCAUUUGGGGUGGUCCGACCUACGUUGAAUUCGCCGUACGAUCCUGGAGACUUAUCAAGAAAGAGAACUUCUUUCGACCAUUGGGCACCUCUAAUCGCUGGGCGUUCGAUAUCACACAUUGGAUUUCAAGUUUGACUAUCGCAGCGGUCACUGCGUUCCUCAUCAUUGGCAGCGCGCCUCACAUUGUGUGGCUGCGGGUGCUGUCAAUGCCGGCUCCUGCGAUCCUCUACUGCGUGGGCGGCAGUGUGUUCAUAAUCACAAUGUACAGUCUUACGGGCCGAAAAGCACCUUUCCGAAUCAGCUCGACACCGAAAGGAGGAGACGUGUAUCCAGGAGUGUAUUAUAUCAUGGAGGACAUCAUUGCCGUCAAUGCCGGCGCCGGAAGGCCUUUCCGUGAAGCGCUUGCUGCGCGGUAUGCUGCGAGCCCCCGCUUCCGGAGAAUGAUCAAAACACAAUCGUUGUUCUGGUCGAUACCAUCCCUAGUCGUCGCCGUUGUUUGUACGGUGGUUAUUGUCAUUCACCCCGUGUCUAAAGAAGUGGCCUAUGGUGUUGGAUGGGGUGUUCCGUUUGUUUGGGUCGGUAUAUGGGUCGCCAUCUCUUUCCCCUGGAUCCGCCGUGACAUGCACAAGGAGACCGUGACGUGGGAAGAAGAUUUCGGUAUCGUGCCCGAGAAGAAGCACAAGCACGCCGUCAACGAUCUGGAGAACGGAGAGGCUCCCAAGGAACCCAAAAUCCCCGAACCAGCGCAUUAAAACAUUAGGCCUUUUUCUUUUGUUGUUUGUCCCCCUCUUUUCGAAACAAAGAUACCCUGUCGCAGUCAGUCGGUCGGAGUCAGAUUCAGAUGGAUAUAUAGCUUGUGUGUUGCAGAGAAAAAAAGCUGGUUGUGAUGAUAACUUGGUAGCAGUGAGCGUUGGAUCCUCCUUGUCCUCUUUUUUCUUCCUUCUUUCUUAUAGAGUCAAAAUCUUUGACUUGUUGACUAUUUGACGAUAUACACGGUAGUCUUGAAGUGUGGUGUGUCGAUGCUGUACUGGAAAAUCACUUCCAAGUGGAAAGGAUAUCUAUCACCUGCCUAGGUACCUAAUGAGAUGAUACAUGUGAAGUAUGGCUCCAAUUGACAUGGAACCCCCGGUUUUCACUACAAGUA